GGAGGAGGAAGAGGAGAUGUCUGUGACGGUCUCUGUGUUUGUGUUCUCCUGGGCGGACCGUGCUCCUCUCCGCAUCCCCGGCCCCAGAGACGCUCCGUCCGGAAGCGACGCCUUCAGUCCGGCUUCUUCUCGCGGCGUCGCGCGGCUCCACCGGCCAUCCUAACCAGAUGCCCUCCGCCGGAGCGGACCCGCUCAGUUCCACGCCGACCGACGCCAGCGGAGCCUGAGCUGGAAAGGAUGCAGGUGAAAAGCCAGGUCUGCGCCGAGAGGAGCAGCGCGGACGACCCGGAGCAGGACGACAGCCAGAAGAAGACCUCCUGCUUUUCCAACAUCAAGAUUUUCCUGGUGGCGGAAUGCGCGCUCAUGCUGGCACAGGGCACCGUGGGCGCCUAUCUGGUGAGUGUUCUGACGACUCUCGAGAGACGUUUUAACCUCCAGAGUGCCGAUGUGGGCGUCAUCGCCAGCAGCUUUGAAAUCGGCAACCUGGCCCUGAUCCUGUUCGUCAGUUACUUCGGCGCCAAGGCCCACCGGCCCCGGCUGAUUGGCUGCGGGGGGAUUGUCAUGGCAUUGGGGGCGCUGCUCUCAGCUCUGCCAGAGUUUUUGACUCAUCAGUAUGAGUACGAGGCAGGGGACUCGUGGCAUGCCGAGGACGGCAGGGUCAUCUGCUCCAACAAAACCAGGUCAGAGAAUCGGGACUCUGGUUUUAACUGCGGCAACCGAGCCAACACCAACAUGAUGUACCUUCUGCUCAUCGGAGCUCAGGUUCUGCUCGGCAUCGGGGCCACUCCCGUCCAGCCUCUGGGAGUGUCAUACAUUGAUGACCAUGUCCACAAAAAAGACUCUUCAUUGUAUAUAGGUAUCUUAUUUUCAACACUAGUUUUCGGCCCAGCUUGUGGCUUCAUCCUAGGCUCCAUCUGUACCAAAGUCUACGUUGAUGCUGUUUUCAUCGACACCAGUAAGCUGGACAUCACCCCGGAUGACCCUCGCUGGAUCGGGGCGUGGUGGGGCGGCUUCCUCCUCUGCAGUGCCUUACUCUUCCUGUCGGCCCUCUUCAUGUUCGGCUUCCCCCAGACGCUGGACGAGCAGGACAUGGACGCUCGAGGGGAGAGUGAGCAGGCCAUGCUGCCCACCUCCUUGAGCCUGGACAGCCAGGACUCUAAAGCCAACGGGGACUUUCGUGGCUUCGAAAUGAACAGCGGACUCUCGGUCUGGGAGCAUCUGAGAGUGAUCCCGCGGGUAACCAGGCAUCUUCUGUCCAACCCGGUGUUCAGCUGCAUCACGCUGGCUGCCUGCAUGGAGAUAGCUGUGGUUGCUGGUUUUGCUGCUUUCCUUGGGAAAUACCUGGAGCAGCAGUUCAACCUCACCACUUCCUCAGCUAAUCAGCUGCUAGGUAUGACCGCCAUCCCCUGUGCCUGUCUGGGUAUCUUUCUUGGGGGGCUCCUGGUGAAGAAGCUGAACCUCUCGGCUCUCGGAGCGGUCCGCAUGGCCAUGCUGGUCAACCUGGUGUCCACGGCCUGCUACGUCUCUUUCCUCUUCUUGGGCUGUGACACGGGCCCUGUUGCUGGGGUUACGGUGGCCUACAACAAUGAGACGCUGCAGUCGAAGAAGCAACCUGAGUCAGGCUGCAACAGCAACUGCAACUGCUACACUGCCUCAGUGAGUCCUGUCUGUGGCUCCAACGGAGUCACCUACAUCUCAGCCUGCUUCGCUGGCUGCACCAAGCCAAACCUGAGCAGCUGUGGGUGUAUACCCAGCAUCGGCGGCGAGAACGAGGCCUCGCCGGGGAAGUGCUCCAGCCCCCGCUGUCAGCAUGCGUUCCUUACCUUCUUGUGUGUCAUCUGUGUGUGCAGCAUGAUCGGAGCCAUGGCCCAGACGCCCUCCGUCAUCAUCCUUAUCAGAACUGUAAGUCCUGAGCUUAAAUCAUACGCACUUGGAGUCCUCUUCCUCCUCUUGAGGCUGAUAGGCUUCAUCCCUCCCCCUCUGAUCUUUGGUAUGGGUAUCGACUCCACCUGUCUGUCCUGGAGCUCGGUCUGCGGCGAGAAGGGCGCCUGCAUGCUGUACGACAACGUGGCCUACAGGCAUCUGUACGUCAGCAUCGCCAUCGUGCUCAAGUCCUCGGCGUUCCUCCUGUACGCCACCACGUGGCAGUGCCUGAAAAGCAACUACCGGAGGUACAUCAAGAACAACGAGGGCUACCUCACGCCCACCGAACUUUUCGCCUCCAAUGUGACUCUGGACAAUUUGGGUAAGGAGAUUACCCAGAACCCAAGUAACAGGACAAAGUUUAUAUACAACCUGGAGGACCAGGAGACGAGUGACAACGUGGAGUCGGUUUUAUAGUGGCGAUUUGCACGAGGCCAGCAGGAUCCGUUAGUGUGCAUCUGAUCUGGUGUACAGUCUCUCUCUCUUGGUGUUGUGCAACAUGUACAGCUUUGUUCAUCCAAAACAUUAGAUCUGUUAAAACCAGUAACAGGACUUCCAAAAGAAGGAAAGAAAAAAAAACAUUCAAAAUCACAAACUGACUUAGUAACACGCAUUUAGUCAUUUGUGGUAUUUUUUUCACCUUUCAGUCUGAAAGCAGUGAAGGGUCAAAUAAAAUGCAGCAGUGUUGGAAACCAAAAGUGUGGUGCUGGUUCGAGGUUUGCAUUCACUCCUCACUGUCAUGAAUGAUAAUGUUGGGUUUUUAGUGAUGCGCAACACCAAAAACUACAUUCUGUUUGUAGUCAUAAAAAAGCUUUUGGCAUGACUCUGCCAGCAUAUUUGUCCACUCUUCCUACAAGAAUGGAUAGAUUAGCAUAGCAUUAUGCUAAUGCCAUUAGCAUACCAACUUUCUUUGAUCUAUUCCGGUGGGCAGCUGCAAAUUUCAGCCGAGUUUGAAGGCGUCAGUGUUGGUGGGAAGUUUUAGAUGAACUGAAACAUAUCCAAACUAGUUUUUGUUUGAAUAAUGACUUUAGUUUGCUGGAUCGGCUCUGGCCUCAGCCAUAUUGAAUAUUUAAAAACUAUUCCUGAAGCCUGCUCUGUGACAAGAAACUAACAUAUUUCAAUGAGCUCCACUAUCCUUGAUGAGCAGAAUGGUUGAAUAUCAAGCUUGUGUGUAUUAUUGUGCAUACGGAUCCAAAUAUUUAAAAUAAUGUAAGAUAACACGUUAUUUACCCCACAUCGUAGUGUUACGAUAAUUCUACUGUUAAACAGGACACUUAAAAAGAAAAACAACUAGACGAAUACAACUUUCUUGUCAGUGAUGAAUGUAUGUAAAUUUCUGACCAGCACUGUUGAUUUACAUUAGAGUCAUGCCUGCUUUUUAGAUCUGAGUACAAAAGCAGUUGAGUGUUUCACAGGUGAGAUUAGAGUAGAAAUGAAAAAAAUUCCAGCUUUUAAGUGUGAAAACCAAACCAGAAGGAUUUUAAAACUAACAUUUGCUAAUACGCUCCAAAACUCGUACUCAGUUCAUUCCUUAUGUUGGAACAAACAAACAAACAAACAAACCUUAUUUUAGGUAUCAAAUCAAAAGAAAACAUUUAAAAGAAAUGAAUGCUAAAACAUGUAUCUUCUCAUUUUUUUGCACCAGCAGCCACCUCAAAGGAUUUGUCAAAUAUUUUAUAUUCUCUAAAGAUUUCUCAGAUAUCUAAGGGGGGAAAAGAGGAGAGCUACUUUCACAAUUUUAUUUAUUGGAUUUUCAGACAUAGCUAAAAAAAAAACAUGAAUGUGAACGAGUUAUAAUCACAUCCUACGACAGCGCCUUGGUACAUGCUGGAUCAGACCAAUUUUUCUGAACAGUGAGCUCUUUCCUUCCACUUCAACAGAAAAGCAUCCAGAUUACAAAGAUAAAAACGAAAAAACUGCAAACAUGCACUUACAAAUACGAAUGUUACGUAACUUAUCUUUGUAGCGUCAAAAAGAAAUACCUGAUUCAGAUAAACCAACAACGUAAUUCUAUCAGACAUGCAGAUUAUCUGAGUGGUCUAAUCCCACUCGUGGGGACGCGGCCUGCAGCAGCAAUGCAUGGAUUAAAAAAAAAAAAAAGAAAAGAAAAAAAAGCAAGCAACAUAAAUAACACAAGAGACUUUGUGAAUACGUUCCUUUCACGUUAUGGGAAGACGAGUUGAACACGAGAGAAAUUGCAACGAGACCUUUUUGAGUCGCAGGAAAAACGGCUGUUAGCAUUAUGCCAGAGUUAGCUGCAGUUAAACGCAUGCUGGUAACGCAUGCACUUAAACAUGAAGACAAACAUUCAGCAUAAAGUCACCAAGUUUUACAGUUUUUUGCCAGCAGGUCCUAGCUGAACAUAUGGUAUAUUAAACAUAAGAGUCCUCCAAACUGUGUUUUGGACUAUAAAAGAGCUUUAUGAUGCAUAAUGCUUUGCAAUGUUGCCAUUUUAAAAAUAUAUAUAUUUUAUCUAUGCCGAGUCAUAAUCACUCAAGUGAUCAAAGUGUUUUUUUUGUGUGUGUGUGUGUGUGUGUGCGUGAUUUCAAUGUACAUUAUAUUUAUUGAAACUCCCGGCAACUACGUGUGGAAACUUUAAAACAAAAUCAGCCUUUUAUUUUCUACAGUUGAUGCACCACCACCAACUUCUCCCCAGGAUUAUUUCUGGGGACUGCGGUGGCCGCGGACGAAGGUUUUGUUUUUAUGUUUCUGUGUUGAUUUGGCUAAAUGUUUUCACUUCUCUGCUGCUGGAAACCAAAUCAUCGACCCACGUUUCAGCUUUCAGGCAGAGUUUAAUAGGCAUUCAUUCAAAAUUUGCUGGGAUUUCAAAGAGUUUAUGACGCCCCGCCUUUUACCAAGCAUUUGUUUAACCAUUGGAAGAGAAACAGGCCCACUGGCUUUCACACACCUUUCUGAGAAGUCCCAAUCAAUUCUGUCCUGUGCACAGUGUAGUGCCACUUUCCGGCUAUUUCAGCAUUAUGCUUGUUUUGCAUCAAAAAUUCUCUAUUGCUCUCAAUUCAGUUUCAAUAUGCAUCUCAUAUGGGAUAUGGUAGGGAACUCGAGUGGAAUACUGGAAACAGAAGCAGUUUAGCUAGCUUAAAAAUUAGGAAACGACAUGAGCGGCUAGCAUGACGGGGUAGCUGGCUAGCUUACCAACUCUUUUCUAGCUAUAUGAACUGGAUUUGUGGUCGAGUCAACAAGGGUUUAGUGGUUUGCCAACCGCCAAUUAGAUGAAGAAAAUGAAGCGAGAAAGAAAGGCGGUAUGCGUCAGGUCUGAGGUGACUUUUGUUGAGCCAGCAUGGAGCUACGGUAGCUGCUUUUACGUCUACUUGUGCUCCAAAUGUGUUUAGUUUUCUUAUUGGAAUAAAAGUUUUUUUUUUUUUUUUUUUUUAAAGGCAUGUUAGGACAAUCCCAAAGAUUAUCAAGUCAUCUUUGAACUCGUAAAAGUCCACUUUUGCCAAUUUAUGGGGAAUUAUGCCACAUACUGUGUUUCAAAAACUAUUUUUGCUGGUUAUUUUCGAAGCACACGACCCACUGAAGAUCAUUUGUACCUACUUUAAUAAAGUAUUUAGAUAGCAGAGGAUUUCAAUACUAUAUCGAUGCUUCUGUAGCGUCAGAAACAGAUUAUUAUAUAAAUUCAAAGUGACAUGGGAUAGCUUUAAUAUAUUGAAUAUAGCUCUAUGUUGGAAAUCAACCCUCAAUGGACCUAAAAUUGUGAUUUUGCUUUGAAUUGUGGGUAUUUUUUUGUUUUGUUUUGUUUUAUCAGAUAUUGCCUCAAAUUCUCAAAAUAUUAGGUGGUAACACAGACGUCCAGUCGGAGUUUCAGGACAACUGGCUUUAAUGUUAAGAAUCAGACUACUUACUGAAAGGGAAGGUUUGUGGGUUUCUUACUGACAACAACCUCCGACGGUGGUGGUGGUGGCUUUGUCUUGGACAUUGGUAUCAUCCAGUCUGUCAUUGUACUAAGUCUAUUGUCCAGACAAGUGCCAAAAGUGACACCAUAGAAGUGUUGUGUGACGUUCUGAUGAGAAUAUAGUCUUAAGGCGCUGCGGUGCGGAGCAGUUCCUUCAGCGUUUUGUAGCCUCUCUGUGAUGACCUCGGUUUAUUUGAACCAUAUCAUGCAUAAGUGUUCCCAAAAGAUUAUAAAGUUGUUGUAUAUUGACCUAGAGAACAGUAAUAUUUAAGAUGUAGUCACUGUUCAUAUGUAGGACUUUUCUACUAGUAAAGGUCUUGUCUAAUAUAGAUUAAUGUCUUUCCAUCUGUGGCAAAAUUGACAAAAUUUGUGUUGCUUUUGUCCGUAUGAGAACAACACAUUGCCUGUACUAAGAGUCUCUAAUGUUGAGCCCCAGCUCGGCGUUGUACGACUAAAACUACGGAGAGCAGAAAAGCAUCCAGACGUCACAGAUUGCAUCUUUCCAACUGCGCCCUCGUGUCGGGCUCCCUGCCGACGAGAGCCAGUUGCGGCCAUAUCAACCUGUGCGCUGUAACAUUUGUGACAAAACAAACAAACAAAAAAAAAAGCAACAACAAAAGAAAAAACAAGAACAUAUUGUAGGUGUGUCCAACGAGUUGGCAAGUGAGGCAACACUUGCUUGACUGUGUUUUCACCCGUGGCAAUAGGACUGUUUCUUUUCGCACCUAAAUGUGCUUGAAAUGUUUUUUGCCUUGUGAUGAGAAACUAACUUGAGAGCCUAAAUGUUUUUUUAAACUCUAUUUUCUCAUUAUUCCUUCUUUGAUGGCCUUGCGUUGUGAUUGACUUUUAUAGAGGAACUUCAAUGAACGGAUCAUCAACAUAUGAAGAGUUUACUGUCCAAACGUGACACCUUGUGCAAAAGUGUUAUACCUAUAGUGUUUUGCAAGUUAUUUUAGAACAAGAAGGAAUAUAUGUUCUGUAAAUAUGGCCAUAAUAUAAAUUCGGAUCAACUCUAGGAGUCAGAAAACUCUUCAUAUAUUCAUAGUAUCCUUUGGUUUGAGCCUUAGCAUGUUGCCUUUUAGUGAAACCUUGUGCUAACGGGUGUUAGUGAUGGUUUAGAAUGACAUAUAAAUCUUAUAUUGCGGAUGGUAUUCAGUGUAUGAAUUUCAGGCUCUUUUGCAGGAGAGCAACAUGAAGGAAAAGGACACUGAUAUGAAAGAAUAUAACCUCUAUUUUCAAAGGCGCUCUGAAGAGUUUGAAAUGUGCCCUUUUGCUUCUCAAGAUAUUUUUCUUUAAGUCUUAUGGGUUUGUAUUUAAAGGCUUUAAGUUUUGUGUAUUUCUUGGAGAUGAAACCAUGAUUGUAUGUUUAUUGUAAAUAUAUUAAAUAUGCUAUUUUUGUUUUCAA